AUGACUCUGAAGGAUGUUUGGGAAUUGGUCAGGAGGUUGAUGAGGUUUGGCCCGCUCAUGACGAUGGCUACAAUUGGUAUUGUCUGGUGUGGGGGCCUUAUCAGCUUGAUAACAUACUUUCCGCCAUCGAAAACGAUCGCGAACAAAGUCAACUUUCUCUGUUAUUUCUGCUGGCUGCCCUUCACCGUCACCAAUUUCUUCAAAGCAAUCCUCCUCGGCCCUGGCUACGCGCCGAAGGGCUGGAAGCCUAAAGUUCCCGGAGACGAGCAGUUCCUACAAUUUUGCCAAGUGUGUCAAGGAUUCAAGCCGCCGCGCGCCCAUCACUGCCGAAAAUGCCAGCGCUGUUGCUUGAAAAUGGACCAUCAUUGCAUCUGGCUUAGCCAGUGCGUUGGUUAUCGCAACCAAGCGUCGUUCAUGUACUUCUUGUUCGGAGCCGUUUUCGGAGCUCUUCACGGAACAUUCCAUAUCAUCUUCUUUUCUUAUCAACAACUUUGGGUUAGACUCACUCUUCAGCCGAAGCUAGUCCUGGGGGUUAUGAUUUCUUCCGGAUUCGGAAUUGGAACAGUUAUUGCCGUUGGUGUCUUACUGUACUCGCAACUGCAGAUUGUUUUCACAAACAUGACAGGUAUUGAAUCGUGGAUCGUCGAAAAAGCCAACUGGAGACUAAACGAAGACAAAAAAGAUGAAGAAAAAACACAGUUCAAUUAUCCAUAUGAUUUGGGGCGAAGCGCCAAUUUCUGGCAAGUUUUUGGGAAGGACGAAAGAAUUGAUGGAUUUUAUUUUCCGGUGAAAGAGGGGUGCAAUAUUUACAGUCUGACAAUCGAGCAGCUUUUGCAGAAGAAGAUCAAGGAAGUGAGGAGCGUCCCCUUCAAGUGCAUCAAGUCGUACAGUGGUCGAAAAUGCCCGUUUCUUUCUUUUCCAAAAAUCGCAAUCUUCACUCCUAUCCUCUCCGACCUUUUGCCGAUCGAAGAAGGAGACGACAUAAUCAUCACUCGCGGGAAAAAGCACUGGUACUACGGAUACAAAGCCGGGAACAAGGAAACUCGGGGGUUCAUGCCAAAAACUGCGCUUCAACCUGUCGAAGAGCCAAAAAAGGAACUUUAA